GUGUUUUGUUGUUCAAAUGGAUUUUUUCUACACUUACCUGAUAUAGCCUGAACUAUGUAAACGCAACAUUCGUCAUUACUGUGUGUCUGUGCCUUAGGCGUGCGCACACGUAGUAGAUGCUCACUGUACAGUCACAGUCAUUGUAUUGGAGCUGCUGCGUGCGGUAGUCCUGACCCUGUGGAGCAUCUCCAGUCUGCUCACCACGUCAUCCUACAACAUGGACUGCACAUCUCAGUGAACCACGGUCUCUCUUCAUCCACGCACUGUUCAUCAAAGGAGCAUCUUGGACGCAGAGUAGCUCACGAUGAUGUCCUCUUACUACCACCCUGCCAAGGAGGCGGACAUGGCAGCUAUGACGGAGCCGCUGUGCCUGGAGAGAGAUGUGUGCAGGGUGAUUGAGCUGCUUGAUCGGCUGCAGCGGAGUGGUGAGCUGCCUCCUCCCAAACUGCAGGCCCUGCAGAGAGUCCUACAGAGCAAGUUCUGUGCCGCUAUCCGAGAGGUGUAUGAGCAGCUGUAUGACACUCUUGAUAUUGUUGGAGGACCAGAAGUACGAGCACAGGCAACAGCCAAGGCCACAGUGGCAGCCUUUGCAGCCAGUGAGGGCCAUGCCCACCCAAGGGUGGUGGAACUGCCCAAGACGGAAGAAGGUCUGGGCUUUAACAUCAUGGGGGGGAAAGAGCAGAACUCGCCCAUCUAUAUAUCUAGAGUGAUCCCUGGGGGAGUGGCCGAUCGCCAAGGAGGACUAAAGAGAGGAGACCAGCUGCUGUCUGUCAACGGAGUGAGCGUUGAGGGGGAGCACCAUGAGAAGGCUGUGGAGCUGCUGAAGGCUGCCCAGGGUUCAGUCAAGCUGGUGGUCCGCUACACCCCAAAGGUCCUGGAGGAGAUGGAGGCUCGCUUCGAGAAGAUGAGAAGUGCCCGGAGGCGACAGCAGCACACCAGCUACUCGUGAGGCUGCUCAUCUCUGGAGUCCAGGGGCUAGCUAAACCAAUUCCUCUAUCCACCUCAUCAUCCAACCCUCCUCAAACCUCUGUUCCAGUGGGAGGCGAGAUCCUAGAUGAGAAGCAAAAAACCAAAGUAGCCUACCAACACCUGUUACCUGAAUUUCUUCUUAAAGCCAACGCUGCAGUUUAGGAUUUUCUCCCCUCCAUCUUUCCUAUUUCUUAGUGAAGUGCAGAUUAAGCUUGUAGUCUGACUGUGCCAGUAAUUUCACCAUCCCAGAGUGAAAUCCUCCUCAGUUUACUGUUACAUAAGGGCAACACAUUCUCUUUAGUGUGUGGCUUAACUAAAACCUAGUGUGAUAUUAUCAUGUCAUUUUACGUUUGCAUUCUCAUGUAGUAUUGUAUUCUCACUGCGCUUCUCAGCAGUUAGGCCUGAUUAGUUGAGGAAACACGGAAACUGUCACCUACAGCCUUCACCGUUGUGUCUCCAUCAGAUGUCCCAGCUGGAGGGCUAAGCAUUAGCAUUAUUAAGAACUGCCCUCAGAUCAGUGGCUGGCAAGUGUCGUCUUUUUGUAUUCAUGUAUUUAUUUUAUUUAUUUGCAUAAAUAUUUAUGAAAUAAAGUCUU